GUAGCACAUAUUGCAGUUUGCAAAACAAAACGCGAAAAUUUCAAAACUGUCAGUUAACUGUCAAGUAAAUUUAAGGACGGGCGAUAGCACUGCGACGUUAUUGCUAAUCGAAGUAUAAAUAAAUAUCCGCACGGCUCACUUAACUUUACGCGGCGUUAAUAAUUAAUUUGAGUUGAAAGGCUAAAGUCGUUCCACAGGCUAGAAUCGAUGGCGUACUCCUUGUUUACUAAAUAAACGCUAUUUGCGUUACCUUGGAAAACACCAUGGCUACUUCAGAUAAUAGUGACCCUAAAUUGGAAGUGGAGGAGUCUCUGCUGUAUUCUGCGAGACACGGAGAGCUGAAGGUCGUCAAGGCACUGCUGGAAGCGAGAAAGGAGGGGAAACUGACCUUGGAUAUAAAUUGCAAAGGGAAGACGAAGAGCAAUCUAGGAUGGACGCCGCUCAUCCUGGCGUCUUACUUCGCGCACGUGGACGUGGCGGAGGCGUUGUUAGAGGCCGGAGCGGAUGUGGACGACGUGAACGAGGCAGGCGACUCUGCGCUGCACAAGGCGGCCUUUAUUGGCAACGAGGAGCUAGUGAUCCUCCUACUAAAAUACAAAGCUGACGUGAACGUCAUGAAUGGAGAGGGACGGACGGCCUGUGACGUCUGCAAGACGAGAGACGUCCAGAGACUUCUAGAAGCGGCCCAGAGGUCUGAGCGGCAUGAGCGAGAGAGAAGACUGCUGAACGCUGCUAAAGCGGGACAGAUAGAUGAUGUACAGGCGCUGUUAAGCAGUUCAAAUCCUCCAAACAUCAACUGCGUGGACGCGCAAGGGAAUACGUGUCUGCACUGCGCUGCUUAUCGAGGACACGCGCGCCUUGCCGUACUAUUACUGCAAAAUGGCGUCGAUACUACUGUGAAAAAUAAUAGUGGUCAAUUAGCUAUAGAUAUGGCGAAAGACCAAGAAAUGCGCGACGUCCUAAGUGUGAGGCCAGUACAGAGGUUGCAGCGGACGGCGGCGCGAUUUGAGGGGCCACUACUGAAGAGGUCGCGGUUUCUGGGCUGGAGACCGGUUUGGGCCGUGCUUCAACGAGGAGUCCUUCUCUACUACGGUUCGCGCGCCGAAGCAGCCCGUGAAACCGGCCGCUGGCGCUCCCGCAAGUACCUAGAUGGCGCCACCGUGUCCGCGCCGGAUCGCGAGCCGGCGUUGCUGCUGGCUGCCUUCAGCGACGGCGACCAGCAUCGCCUGGCCGUGCCGCAGCAACCUAACCAGGAUGUCGCUGCCACUAGACAGUCAUGGAUAACAGCUCUCAACGAGCACAUAGCGUACUCCGGGCACUAUCUUUGGGCGGGGGCGUCGCCUGACACAGCCAAAGAAGCCACCGAGGAUAUGGAGGAUGAAUGUAAACCAUUAGGUUCUAUGCAAGACGCCCUGACCGCCGCGACCAACAGUCUCGCGCUACUCGACACGCAACUCCGCGAAUGUGGCGCCAUAGUCGCGGCGCUCGACAAAUCAGUCAAUGUUGGCAAUUCAUUGCAUCACUCCGCUUACAUGAGGUUCCAGCACGCUUGCGGCACAGGCGCCGAAGCGCUAAGCUCCUUGCGUCACUGUGCGGCGCUAGUAGCUCAAGCCAGAGACGCGGAUACCGCGCGGCUAAACAGAGAGAUCGAACGGAACAGGGUAUUAGAAGAAGCUUUAGCAGCAUUAGCGAGAACGCACCACGCUUUAGAAAUGUCUGUCGCGGAGGAACUCACCAAGAGCAAACGAAAGAAAAAGACGCCGUCCCAGAAUGACUCAAAAGAAAACUUCUUCGACGUAUUUGAAGACACAGAUGACGACGAUGAUACUCUAGUGACUGCGGGUCUGUCGAGCCCUCUCGGGGCUUUGAGUCCGUGGAACAGCAGUCCAGAUCUUUUGCGGCGGACCCCCAUUGGUAGCCUAGACGGAGACGUAACCCCGACCAACGAGCAAAAUGGCGGUUCGCCGCUAUCCAGCUCUCCCACGUCUCUACACACCGCUCUAAGUCCCGCCUCGUCCCGGGGGACUCUAGUAUCCCAGGGCGGACACGUGUACAGGAACGCGAGGAAUCGCAGGAACAAGAACCCCAGUUCUGAUUCUGAUUGGUCUCUUUAGUAACUGGAGGUGUGUAA